CUAAUGUUUACAAGUAGCAUUCAAUUCUCGCAUUCAAGUUUUGUGUUCACUAGCAGACAGACAGUUAUAGAAUUUGUAGAAGAUGCGACAUUUGUGCAAUUAUUUAAAAAAAUAUAUGAAUUUUGGUAUUAUUAAAUGGCUGAUAUUGGUUUUGCUUUUUUCUCUGACAACCGAAGCUUGUUAUAAUAGCCAGGAGUGUUAUACGCCGCAGAACUUUAGGGGAUAUUAUUAUGGACCUGAGAAAUAUAAAACUCUUACCGAUAGUCAAAAAGCCAAUUGUGAAGGGAAUUGCGUGGAUAACGAUGAGACGCUAAUCUGUUGCACAUUCCAUCCUCAGCACCAAAAAUAUCGGUUACUUUACCAAUCAUGUUUAGACGCUCAUAUACCAGUACAAUUCAUUACAUCUGGUGUGGUUGCCAUGUCAAAUGAGUUUCCAUUUAUGGCUGCCUUGGGUUGGCGCGUCAACGAAUAUGAUGGUACCGAGAGCAUAGCUUAUAGAUGUGGUGGAACUAUGAUCGGCAGCAGAUAUCUCUUAACAGCGGCGCAUUGUUUCUAUCACUCUAGUGACAACCCAGUUGUGGUGCGCCCAGGUGGUUUCGAUCUAAAUAGCACCACAGCAGUUGAUUAUGAAAUCGACCAGAUUAUCGAACAUCCCGAUUACAUAUAUCCUGGGCUAUACAAUGACAUAGCCAUCGUUCGUAUAUCUCAGGAAUAUUCCGUAAGCCCGCCGUUUGUUGCCAGAGCGUGCGUUUGGUAUAAGCCACUUGAGGAGGAGCAAGUCACUGCCAUCGGCUAUGGUGAUACGCAUUUCGCUGGCGCCUCAUCGCCGCUCUUGAUGAAAACUAGUUUAUCGACCAUAUCGAAUGAAGAGUGCAAUCAACACUAUGAACAGGAUGAUGAAAUGCUAAGUUCCGGUAUAGUCGCUACGCAAUUGUGCGCAAAAGAUCAUGAAAAGCUGCGUGAUACUUGUCAGGGUGAUUCUGGCGGUCCACUGAUUUUAUAUGAAGAACUACCCACUUUUGGUCGUAUGGCUUACAUUGUGGGUAUUACCUCGUUUGGUAUUGGUUGUGGUACUGGUACACCUGCUGUUUAUACACGUAUUUCGGAGUAUUUUGAUUGGAUUGAGGAUACAAUUUCAUGUCUGGACGCGCAUUUACCGUAUGGUUUUGUUACAUUUGGUGUGGUAGCUGAGCCAAAUGAGUUUCCAUUUAUGGCUGCCUUGGGUUGGCGUGUCACCGAAAAGAAUGGCACCAAGAGCAUAGCUUAUAGAUGUGGUGGAACUAUGAUCGGCAGCAGAUUUCUCUUAACAGCGGCACACUGUUUCUAUCACUCCAGUGACUACCCAGUUGUGGUGCGCCCCGGUGGUUUCGAUCUAAAUAGCACCGAAGCAGUUGAUUAUGAUAUCGACCAGAUUAUCGAACAUCCCGACUACAUAUAUCCAGAGCUAUAUAAUGACAUAGCGAUCGUUCGUAUCUCCAGGGGUUAUGUUAAUUAUUCGCCAAUUGUUGCUAGAGCAUGCGUGUGGUAUCAGCCACUGGCUGAGGAGCACGUCAUUGCCAUCGGCUAUGGUGAUACACAAUUCGCUGGCAACCCAUCGCCGCUCUUGAUGAAAACUAGUUUAUCGACCAUAUCGAAUGAAGAAUGCAAUCAACACUAUGAACAGGAUGAUGAAAUGCUCAGUUCCGGUAUAGUCGCUACACAAUUGUGCGCAAAAGAUCAUGAAAAGCUGCGUGAUACUUGUCAAGGUGAUUCUGGCGGUCCACUGAUUGUAUAUGAAGAACUCCCCGGUUACAUUCGUAUGGCUUAUAUUGUGGGUAUUACCUCCUUUGGUAUUGGCUGCGGUACUGGUACACCGGCCAUUUAUACACCAGCCGUUGCGCAUGGUUGUGAGGUGGCUAAGCCAAAUGAGUUUCCAUUUAUGGCUGCCUUGGGUUGGCGCAUCACCGAAAAGGAUGGCACCGAGAGCAUAGCUUAUAGAUGUGGUGGAACUAUGAUCGGCAUCAGAUAUAUCUUAACAGCGGCGCACUGUUUCUAUCACUCCAGUGAGGACCCAGUUGUGGUGCGUCCCGGUGGUUUCGAUCUAAAUAGCACCGAAGCAGUUGAUUAUGAUAUCGAUCAGAUUAUCGAACAUGCCGAUUACAUAUAUCCAGAGAUUAAAUAUGCCAGUUAUUACAUUAGCAGUAGCAAGAUGCCAAUUAUCACAGCAUGCAUGUGGUAUAGCCCACUGGCUGACGAGCAAGUGACUGCCAUCGGCUAUGUUGAUACGCAGUUCGCUGGCAACCCAUCGCCGCUCUUGAUGAAAACUAAUUUAACGACAAUAUCGAAUGAAGAGUGCAAUCAACACUAUGAACAGGAUGAUGAAGUGCUCACUUCCGGUGUAGUCGCUACACAAUUGUGUGCGAAAGAUGAUGAAAAGAUGCGUGAUACUUGUCAGGGUGAUUCUCGCGGUCCACUGAUUGUAUAUAAAGAACUACCCGGUUACACUCGUAUGACUUAUGUUGUGGGUAUUACCUCGUUCGGUAUUGGUUGUGGUACUGGUACACCGGGCAUUUAUACACCACCUAAUAUGCGCUUAGCCAUUGCCUGCCACGACGAUCAGAUCUGUUUGACACCGCGUAACCGGCUCGGCAACUAUGUAACACGCGCUAAUUAUCUUAAAUUGUCCAAGGAAUUACAAGAUUUAUGCCUAGGCGUAUGUAAUUACAAUGCAACAACACGAUUUAUAUGCUGCACCAAUUUUGAUGAGCCCUCAGUACAGAGAAUAUCGCAAACUCAAUGUGAACGAGAUCAUCGCAAAUUGUCCUUUAUAUUCAUCACAAAUGGCAAGCCUGCGCGUGAAAAUGAAUUUCCGUUCAUGGUUGCCAUCGGUUGGCGCUCGACAUUUGGCGACAAUGGGAUUACAUACAGAUGUGGUGGCGCCUUAAUCACCAGUCGGCAUUUAUUAACGGCUGCACAUUGUCUGCACGCAGAUGCACCACCAAUUGUAGUGCGUCCAGGUGGUUUCGAUUUAGAUGAUGGUGAUGCGCGCGAUAUUGAAAUCGAUCAAAUUCACAUACAUCCAGGCUAUCAAUAUCCGGGUGUCUACAAUGACAUUGCAAUUAUACUUAUGAAAGAGGAGUACUAUACCCCCAGAACAGUGAACUCUGGACCAGCAUGUUUGUGGGCAAAACCAUUAUAUACGGCAAAUGUUACGGCUAUCGGUUAUGGAAAUACGCAAUUUGCCGGCUUAGCAUCGUCCAAAUUAAUGAAGGCUCAGUUGAGUAUUCUACCAAAUGAAAAAUGCGCCGCAUAUUAUGAAGAAGAUGGCAUUAUAUUUUCGCAAUUAUGUGCUAAUGAUCCGAUAGAAAGGGGUGAUACAUGUCAGGGUGACUCCGGCGGCCCUAUCAUAAUGUACCGUAAUAUCGGUAAACAUAUUUUUAAUGUACCAUACAUAGUUGGCAUCACCUCUUUCGGCAUUGGUUGCGGCACUGGAGCACCAGGAGUUUACACUCGCGUCGCCAGUUACGUGGACUGGAUUGAGAAAAUUGUCUACUAUUGAAAGUGUUUUUAUUUAAAAUUAA